GCGGGGGGCGCGCAGCCCGUCACGCGGUGCAGCCGUCACAGCGUCCAGUGCAGCCCCGGAGCAGCAGCAGCUCGGCGCUCAGGGACCCGCGCCCCUGCCCGUGCCCAUGCCGGGCCGCCUCCAGUGAAGCCAGAGAGGUGUCUCCUGUUCUCGCUGGGGCUCUCGCCACUGCCAGGAGUGACCCACGAAGGUUGCAGAGAUGGCCGGGGCCUCAGUGAAGGUGGCGGUGCGCGUCCGCCCCUUCAAUUCCCGGGAAAUGAGCCGUGACUCCAAGUGCAUCAUCCAGAUGACCGGAAGCACCACCACCAUCGUUAACCCCAAACAGCCCAAGGAGACGCCCAAAAGCUUCAGCUUCGACUACUCCUACUGGUCGCACACCUCGCCCGAGGACAUCAACUAUGCGUCGCAGAAGCAGGUGUACCAGGACAUCGGCGAGGAGAUGCUGCAGCACGCCUUCGAGGGCUACAACGUCUGCAUCUUCGCCUACGGCCAGACGGGGGCCGGCAAGUCCUACACCAUGAUGGGCAAGCAGGAAAAAGACCAACAGGGCAUCAUCCCGCAGCUUUGUGAGGACCUGUUCUCCCGCAUCAACGACACGACCAAUGACAACAUGUCCUACUCCGUGGAGGUCAGCUACAUGGAGAUCUACUGUGAGCGUGUCCGCGACCUCCUGAACCCAAAGAACAAGGGCAACCUGCGUGUGAGGGAGCACCCGCUGCUGGGGCCGUACGUGGAGGACCUCUCCAAGCUGGCCGUCACCUCCUACAAUGACAUCCAGGACCUCAUGGACUCAGGGAACAAGGCCAGGACUGUCGCCGCCACGAACAUGAAUGAGACCAGCAGCCGCUCCCACGCCGUCUUCAACAUCAUCUUCACUCAGAAGCGCCACGAUGCGGAGACCGACAUCACCACGGAGAAAGUGAGCAAAAUCAGCCUCGUGGACUUGGCUGGGAGCGAGCGGGCUGACUCCACAGGAGCGAAGGGCACGCGGCUCAAGGAGGGAGCCAAUAUCAACAAGUCCUUGACUACACUGGGGAAGGUCAUCUCUGCUCUGGCUGAAAUGGACUCUGGGCCCAAUAAGAACAAGAAAAAGAAGAAGACAGAUUUCAUUCCCUACCGAGAUUCUGUGCUGACCUGGCUCCUCAGGGAGAACCUGGGUGGGAACUCGAGGACGGCGAUGGUGGCGGCCCUGAGCCCUGCAGACAUCAACUACGACGAGACCCUGAGCACGCUGAGGUACGCGGACCGGGCUAAGCAGAUCCGCUGUAACGCUGUCAUCAACGAGGACCCCAACAACAAACUGAUCCGUGAGCUGAAGGAUGAGGUGACCCGGCUGCGGGACCUGCUGUAUGCCCAGGGUCUUGGGGACAUCACCGACACCAACACUGUGCCCGGAGGACCCAAAUACCUGUCUGACUUUGACAACAAUGACCGUAACUGUGGCUGGGCGGAGUUGAGUCAAGCCCCUGACAAUCUCUCCACAGUGACCAACGCCCUGGUGGGCAUGAGCCCCUCAUCCUCGCUCUCGGCCCUGUCCAGCCGCGCGGCCUCUGUGUCCAGUCUGCACGAGCGCCUCUUGUUUGCCCCGGGCAGUGAGGAGGCCAUCGAAAGGCUGAAGGAGACAGAGAAGAUCAUAGCCGAACUCAACGAGACCUGGGAGGAAAAGCUUCGGCGGACGGAAGCCAUCCGGAUGGAGAGGGAAGCCCUGCUGGCCGAGAUGGGCGUGGCCAUGAGGGAGGAUGGCGGCACUCUGGGUGUGUUCUCUCCCAAAAAGACGCCGCAUCUUGUCAACCUGAACGAGGACCCGCUGAUGUCUGAGUGCCUCCUCUACUAUAUCAAGGAUGGGCUCACCAGAGUGGGCCGUGAGGACGGGGAGAGGCGGCAGGACAUCGUCCUGAGCGGGCACUUCAUCAAGGAGGAGCACUGUGUCUUCCGGAGCGACUCCAGAGGCGGCAGUGAAGCCGUGGUGACCCUGGAGCCCUGUGAGGGGGCAGACACCUACGUCAAUGGCAAGAAAGUCACGGAGCCCAGCAUCCUUCGGUCAGGAAACCGCAUCAUCAUGGGGAAGAGCCACGUGUUCCGGUUCAACCACCCUGAGCAGGCGCGGCAGGAGCGCGAGCGCACGCCCUGCGCGGAGACGCCCUCAGAGCCUGUGGACUGGGCCUUCGCCCAGCGCGAGCUGCUGGAGAAGCAGGGCAUCGACAUGAAGCAGGAGAUGGAGCAGAGGCUCCAGGAGCUUGAGGACCAGUACCGCCGGGAGCGGGAGGAGGCCACCUACCUGCUGGAGCAGCAAAGGCUGGACUAUGAGAGCAAGCUGGAGGCCCUGCAGAAGCAGAUGGAGUCCAGGUACUUCCCAGAGGUGAACGAGGAGGAGGAAGAGCCAGAGGACGAAGUCCCGUGGACGGAGAGGGAGUGCGAGCUGGCGCUGUGGGCCUUCCGGAAGUGGAGGUGGUACCAGUUCACUUCGCUGCGGGACCAGCUCUGGGGCAACGCUAUCUUCCUCAAGGAGGCCAACGCCAUCAGCGUGGAGCUCAAGAAGAAGGUCCAGUUCCAGUUUGUCCUCCUCACGGACACACUCUACUCCCCACUGCCUCCUGACCUGCUGCCCCCAGAGGCUGCCAAAGACCGAGAGACGCGACCCUUCCCCCGCACCAUCGUGGCUGUGGAGGUGCAAGACCAGAAGAACGGGGCCACCCACUAUUGGACGCUGGAGAAGCUCAGGCAGCGCCUAGACCUGAUGCGGGAGAUGUAUGACCGGGCAGCCGAGGUGCCCUCCAGCGUCAUUGAGGACUGUGACAACGUGGUGACUGGCGGAGACCCCUUCUACGACCGGUUCCCCUGGUUCCGGCUGGUGGGCAGUUCAGUCAUCUCUGGCUGCAGCAGCUACCCUCUUCUCAACACGUGCAUGAGCGCGCGCAUGGCUGCUCUCACCCCCUCCCCCACCUCCUCGAGCCCCGACUCCGACACCACCGAGCCUGCGGAGGAGCAGAGCCUGGGGGAGGAGGAGGAGGAGGAGGAGGAGGAGGAGGAGGAGGAGGACCUGGAGGACGACGUCUUUCUGGAGCACGCGCUGUGCCACGGCCGGGACCCGUUUUACGACCGGCCCCCCCUGUUCAGUUUAGUAGGAAGGGCCUUCGUGUACCUGAGCAACCUGCUGUACCCCGUGCCCCUGGUGCACCGAGUGGCCAUCGUCAGCGAGAAGGGCGAGGUGAAGGGCUUUCUCCGUGUGGCCGUGCAGGCCAUCUCAGCCGAUGAAGAGGCUCCUGAUUAUGGCUCGGGCGUCCGCCAGUCAGGAACAGCCAAAAUCUCCUUUGAUGACCAGCAUUUCGAAAAGUUCCAGUCUGAGUCCUGCCCUGUGGUGGGGAUGUCUCGGUCCGGGACCUCCCAAGAAGAGCUGCGCAUUGUGGAAGGCCAGGGCCAGGGAGCAGACGCAGGGCCCUCCGCCGACGAGGUCAACAACAACACCUGCUCAGCAGCGGUGCCUCCGGAAAGCCUCCUCCUAGACAGCCCUGAGAAGGCCACCCUGGACGGGCCCCUGGAUGCCGCCCUGGACCACCUGCGCCUGGGCAGCACCUUCACCUUCCGCGUGACCGUCCUGCAGGCGUCCAGCAUCUCUGCGGAGUACGCUGACAUCUUCUGCCAGUUCAACUUCAUCCAUCGCCAUGAUGAGGCCUUCUCCACGGAGCCCCUGAAGAACACGGGGAGGGGCCCCCCACUUGGCUUCUACCACGUCCAGAAUAUUGCUGUGGAGGUGACCAAGUCCUUCAUCGAAUACAUCAAGAGCCAGCCCAUCGUGUUCGAGGUCUUCGGCCACUACCAGCAGCACCCAUUCCCGCCCCUCUGCAAGGAUGUGCUCAGCCCCCUGAGACCCUCACGCCGCCAUUUCCCACGGGUCAUGCCGCUGUCCAAGCCAGUGCCCGCCACCAAGCUCAGCACGCUGACACGGUCCUGCCCUGGGCCACGCCACUGCAAAUACGACCUGCUGGUUCACUUUGAGAUCUGUGAGCUGGAGGCCGAUGGCGAUUACAUUCCUGCAGUGGUGGACCACCGUGGUGGCAUGCCGUGCAUGGGGACCUUCCUGCUCCACCAGGGCAUCCAGAGACGGAUAACCGUGACACUGCUGCACGAGACGGGCAGCCAUAUCCGCUGGAAGGAAGUGCGAGAGCUUGUCGUGGGUCGCAUCCGAAACACCCCAGAAACAGACGAGUCCCUGAUUGACCCCAACAUCUUAUCUCUCAACAUUCUCUCAUCUGGGUACAUCCACCCGGCCCAGGAUGACCGGGGAACACCGACCAGGGGUCCUGGAGGCGGUUCAGGGGCGCACUGGGUUGGCGGCCCAGCAUCCUGGGUGAAGGUGUGCCCACCGGUCACUCCUUGUCACUGGGCCAUUCCUGUCAAGGCUCCCAGGCAGUUUCUUGAUUCGGACAUGCCUAGCGUUUCAUUCGGAAGUGACACUAGGACCUUUUACCAGUUCGAGGCUGCGUGGGACAGCUCCAUGCACAACUCCCUCCUGCUGAACCGCGUCACCCCAUACAGAGAGAAGAUCUACAUGACCGUCUCUGCUUACAUUGAGAUGGAGAAUUGUGCACAGCCGGCCGUCAUCACCAAGGACUUCUGCAUGGUCUUCUACUCCCGAGACGCCAAGCUGCCCGCCUCGCGCUCCAUCCGAAACCUGUUCGGCAGCGGGAGCCUGCGGUCCUCGGAGAGCAACCGUGUGACUGGUGUCUAUGACCUCAGCCUGUGCCACGUGGCCGAUGCGGGCAGCCCAGGGAUGCAGCGGCGGCGCCGUCGGGUGCUGGACACGUCUGUGGCCUACGUGCGGGGUGAGGAGAACCUGGCGGGCUGGAGGCCCCGCAGUGACAGCCUUAUCCUGGACCACCAGUGGGAGCUGGAGAAGCUGAGCCUGCUGCAGGAGGUCGAGAAGACCCGGCACUACCUGCUGCUGCGGGAGAAGCUGGAGACCACCCAGCGGCCCGUCCCCGAGACGCUGUCCCCGGCCUCCAGCGAGGACUCGGAGUCCCACAGCUUGUCCAGCGCCUCCUCUCCACUCUCCGCUGACGGCCGAGCGUCGCCCCCGGAAACUCCCAACGAGAGGCAGCGGGAGCUGGCCGUCAAGUGUUUACGCCUCCUCAUGCACACGUUCAACAGAGAGUACACACACAGCCACGUCUGCAUCAGCGCUAGCGAGAGCAAGCUCUCUGAGAUGUCCAUCACACUGCUCCAGGACACGUCCCUGUCCCCUCUGGGGGUGGCCACGCUCACUCCCUCCUCUACCUGCCCCUCUCUGGUCGAAGGGCGGUAUGGAGCAGCCGACCUGAGGAGCCUGCAGCCCAGCUCCCGGCCGGCCAGCCCGGAGCCCGAGAAUGUGCCAGAGGCUGAUUCCAAGAAGAUCCUCUCCCCUGCUCGGGCCACAGAAUUGGACAAGGAGCCUCAGCGCCCGCUGGUUCCCGACAUCCAGGAGGUCCGGGUCAGCCCCAUCGUCUCCAAGAAGGGCUACCUGCACUUCCUGGAGCCGCACACGGCCGGCUGGGCCAAGCGCUACGUGGUGGUGCGGCGGCCCUACGCCUACAUGUACAACAACGACAAGGACACUGUAGAGAGGUUUGUGCUCAACCUCUCCACCGCCCAGGUGGAGUACAGCGAGGACCAGCAGGCCAUGCUCAAGUGCGGUGCUUUGCAGACGCCCCACACGUUCGCCGUGUGCACGGAGCACCGCGGCAUCCUGCUGCAGGCCAGUAGCGACAAGGACAUGCACGACUGGCUGUACGCGUUCAACCCUCUCCUGGCCGGGACCAUACGGUCCAAGCUUUCCAGAAGGAGGUCUGCCCAGAUGCGGGUCUGAGUGGAAGACACCCCCCUCCAGACAGCCAGCAGGCCCGGCCUGCCCCCUCUCACCAUCCGUCUGUCUUUGCCACCCAGUCCUUCCCACCAGACAAGCCAACAAGUCCCCUCCUCCCAGGGACGCUGUGCUGGGCCAGCGAGCCUGACUCUGGCCGGGGACCUGCACCACAUGACUGUCAUGCUCCCAGUGGAGGCCGUGUUGUCAUCAUUCCUUCUCUGAGACUGUGCCCCGGGGGGGGAGGGUGGGAAGAGCUGGGAGACGCUGGAGAGACCAGAGGGCACCAGUCAGGGGCAUCAGUGACGUUCUCAUAUUUUUUUAAGCAUAGACAGACUUAUAAUUAAUAUACAGUAGUUAGCGACGUGGAAGCAGUCCACUCAGAAGUUAACUAUAAGACUGUAUUCUAUUUAUAAGUAUUUAUUUCUAACGACCUUUAGGAUUCAGAUGGACCUGUUCCCGCUUGUUCCCACACCAAUCUCCCAAGCCUCUUAGGGACAGAUAGGGUGGGCAGCUGCCUCGGAAGACCACAGUGAGGUUGGUGCCACUGGGCCACCUGCCUGAGGCCUCUCCCCAGCUGCCCAUGGGGCAGACCCUCGUCCUGGGGUGUGUGCCUGAGUCAGGGAGACCUGAUGCCUGAAGUCCCAGCAGCACAGAAGGUGGCGUGUGUCCCUUCUAGCAGGAGAUGCAGCCACAUCCAACCUGCACAGCAGCCGCCUGAGCUGUGACUCCCAGCAGUGCCAAUGCAGCUCCUGGGAGGGUGUGGGAGGUGAGGCAGUGGUAGGGCUGCAGGGGCUAUGCUGGCAGGGCCGGGGAGGAGGGACAGGAGCCCACGCUCGUGCUGUGUGUCCAGGCAGGUAGGGCGAGGCUGGCUGGGGUUAGAGGUGGUCCAGGGUGAUGGUCCAGGCAGCGAGGGGCUUGAGGUACAGCCUCUCCAGUUGCUGUGAGAAAUGGAGUGAGCUCAAGGUUGCUCCUGGGAAGAAAGUCUGAGAUUUCCCCUCUUUGCUCCGCGAGAAGAGAGUUCUGUGAGUGCCAUGGGCUCCUCCUCCCCCUUCUGCAUCAGAUGUGCCGCCAUUCUCUUGUUCUGGCCUCUCUGCAGACCCUGUGCCCAAGGGUUGGCCAGGGCAGGACAGGAGUCAGCCCAGGCCAAGAGUCUGGCCGAGGGUUCUGUCUAGGCCCUAAACCCAGCAGAGAAACCACAGGGGGUCUCCUGGGACCUGUUCCCACACCCGAGGCACAUUGGGCCUCUUUUUAAGCUCAAGAAAAAAAAACACUGCAAAACUCUCCCCAGCAGAGCGGCUUCACUUGGGCCCAGUUCAUGCCCAGCCUUGCUGGUCCACAGCUUUCUCUGGCAACUCCCUCCAUCCUUGCCAGCCCCUGCUGGGCACCGCUCACUGACACCAGCUUCCACUUGGCUUGGAGGACUCCAGCUCACCCUGGAGACAGUGGUUCUGAGACCCACACUGUCCUGCGUGGUGCUGACAUGACACAUGGACAUUCUCGCGGUUCCGGCCACUGAGGCCAGAGGUGCCCCAGCUCCUUCCUCUGGGGAUGUGAGGUGUGGGCUUCGUCCGAGGGACGAGGUUCCAGUGAGGUUUUCCUUUGGGGAAGUUGUUCAGGCCCCUCAAGCUUGGCCGCAGAUGAGGGAUGCAGGAGGGCGGACCCUGUGGCAGCUGUGUGUGCCCGCCAGCCUACACCAGCCCAGCAGGAGGCUGACAGCCCUGUGCCUGGACAGUGCUCCUGAGGGGAAGCCGCCAGCGAGCGUCAGGGCCCAGGACCGCGUCUGGGCACACAUUGUCCAGAAGCAGGGACAGUGCUCACCUCCACAGGUGUUCCCGGAGGUGAUGGGCUGAGACACACAGGAGAGGAGCUAGUCUGGGACAAACACUGGCUUCUAUGACAGCCCGUGGCGGGGAGAAGCAAGGAGGGGCAAGUGCUGAGAGAGCCAGGGCCCAGCCACGGCCCACUCAGGUCAGCCAGCCUGAGGGCGUGGCCCCAAGAGGGUCUGAGGGCUUUGCACAAGGGCACAGGUGUCUGAGGCCAGCCAACCUGCAGAGCACCUGUGUCCUCGGCAGGGCCGAGGGAAGGGGCCCCCGAGAGGGUUUUCGGAAUCUCCCCAAAUUCAGGAGCCUCCCCUGCCAUGGAGGCUUCCAGGGACCGUUUCAUCCUGGCCUGGGCCGUCUCGGCAGUGAUGAGGAGCCAGGCGUGGACCUGGCGUCCCUUCCGGGCCUGCUGUAGCGGGAGGUCCUAGGUCCGAGUCCAGACACCCAGAGUGGCUGGAGAGGAAACCCACGCUGAGUCAGGAGGCCUGGUCUCUGUGCCCGCCCUGCCCAAACCUCCAUGUGUCAUGUUAGCUGAGACAAGUCCUUUAUCAAACCGGGACUUCGUUUCCACAUCUGUGACAAGCGAGGCUCAUCUGGGGGCCCCCAAGGGUUUGCACCCUUUGGGGUGCAGAGAGCUAAGUCAGGCCUGGUGUGGCUUCUGUUCCCGCUGAGUAGGGAGGAGAGAGAGAUCCAGAAAGCCAACUCUGGUGGUUUUGGUUUGAAUGCUUGAUGCUGCUCAGGCUGCGGCCUCGUUUUGUUUGAAAGACACCAUUCUUGUCCGGAUCCGCUCUCUGUCCCCCCAGUGGAGUAUGAGUUCCUUCCAGAGGCUCUAGGGAGAGGUCCCAGGGGGGAUGCUGGGCUCGGCCGGCCGGCCGUGGGUUCCAAUAACCUGGCUGGUGUCCAGGGUGUGUGAGAUGCUCAGUAGUUGCAAGGACUCCCUGUUCUGAAUAACCACUCGUGAGGUGGCAAUGUUUCAUUUCGGCCACACACGCAUGCACAUGCACACACACACCCAGGCGGCUGUGUGAGGCGGACCCACCUCAGGCGGGUGUGGCGAAGUGCUCGGGGAGGUGUGAGCAGGUUGCCACGCUGGUCCUCCAGACAACAGGCUGUGGCUUCUUCCUGGGCCUGUGCUUCCUGUAGCUGCCUGUCCCCGGGGCUCCCUGUGGCUUGUACAUACGUGGUUGUGUGGCACACCCACCCCUGCACCAUAACCCAUCCUGCCGUAAUGACUCCAGUUCCCCAACGUCCUGACCCCGAGUGUUAGCUCUAGGCUCCCGUACUGUGUGUGCACCUACGCUCUGUCCAGUUAUGAAAUAAACGUGGUUCCUCACGCAGCUCCAAGCGCGGGCCUCUGCUGUGU